AUGUCCCAUCCCGACAACUUGGACGUUCUCGCCGCUCAAACGGUGCCCCAGGAUGCUGCCGAGUACCACCAAUUGAUCCUGAAAGAGAAGCAAACGUUGAAAUGUUCCAUUGUUCCGGGUCAAUUUUGCCAGUCGCUGAAUGAGACAAACGACCAGGAUUUCGACUAUUUAACCCAGCAUUUUGGCGUUGUGGGAUCAUGGGAAGAGACACUCCAGAAACUACACGCCCUAAACAGUGCUAGUGACGAAAAAACAACCUACAAAAUCUUAUUCUUGGCUCGCCAUGGUCAGGGUUUCCACAACGUCGCCCACGAUAUGUACGGCGACGACGCUUGGAAUUCCCAUUGGUCCAAAUUGAACGGCAACGGAGACAUGGUAUGGGGACCCGAUCCAGAAUUGACGGAAUUGGGCAUCCAGCAGGCACGAGACAACUGUGAGCAGUGGAAAAAAGAGGUUGCAAAUGGAUGUCCAAUUCCCACAAGAUUUUUUGUUUCGCCGCUCCGGCGGUCUGUGGACACUUUGAUCUACACCUGGGAGUCUAUAAGUGAUCCAAAGACGCUGCAUCCACUAAUUAUGGAAAAUCUUAGAGAAACCACCGGAGUUCAUACAUGCGACAAGAGAUCGACUCGGUCGGAAAUCGCCGAAAAAUACGAAACACGAGGUUUUGUGAUUGAGCCGGGGUUCUCCGAGGAAGACGUUUACUACAAGCCGGAUUACCGAGAGUCGGUUGGCGAGCACGCCGUACGAGUUAACCGGGCAUUUCAGCAAAUUUUCACCUCCACUUCAGAUCCGGUUCUCAGUCUCACCAGCCACUCAGGCACAAUUCGCGCUCAGCUUUUGGUGUUAGGGCAUCGGUCUUUUGCGGUAGGCACAGGCGGCAUUAUCCCGGUGUUUGUUAAAGCCGAACAAACUUGA